ACCGCUCUCUCUCUCUUCUCCUCUCAUCGUCAUCGUCGUCGUCUCUUCGUUCACUCGGCACGCUGCUGGCCACUUCGUGCGCGACUCUUUAUUAGUCUAGCGCGGGCCAUCGCGAACCCUUGCCUGUUGUUAGCAUCCGGUCGAUCAUCACUCUUUAAUGUGAUUGUUUUUUACUGUGUGUACAUUUAUCUAGUUGUUCUUGUAUAUAUAAUCCAACAUAUCAACAUACGUUUCAGUAUACAUCACGAUCUAAUUGUGUUCUAGUGAAUUUUGGUCCAAGGAAUAAUCUCAUCAAAAAACGAGUACACGCGGAAAUAUUUAUAUAUAAAUAUAACAAGAAUUUUAUCGCAUCCGAAUGAGAAUAUCUCUUGUCAUUCAGUGAACGUCCUGUUGAAUCUUAAUGACGUUGAUGUGAGACCACGUGAGGAAAAGAUUUUGUUUUAUUUUAUUCACCCUUGAUGUUUAAACGUUUUCUCGUGUACUCAGCGUGAUAUGUGUCAACGUUUUAAUCAUCAACUUCUUGAUACUUGUCAACACCAACCGAGUAUUCAUCAAGACAAUUUAUUAAUUCUAAGAGAUACCAAGUUAUACCGGUCGUUCGCGACAAUUACGACGUUGGUGACGCACCGAUCGACAGCGAGCACGACAAUUUGAAAAGAUGCUGGCGCUCGCGAUGCGACGCGAACAUACGACAGGACGUAGCAGUAAUUACGAACCGGCGAAUCCACUCGCUGGCUUUGAGCAUCUUCAGCAAAAUCCUUUUAGUCAUCAAGUAAAUGAAUCAAGAACACGAGACGUUCAGGCUAAUGAAGACGGUGAAUUACAAGAGUUUGUGGAUAUCGCUCAAGUGCAGCAAUUACUUCAGCAACAAACACAGCAUCAACAACAUCACCAUCAUCAACAGCCAGCGGCAACGUCUUGUCUAUGGGGCACGGUUUACCCGCCACCACCACCAACAAUAAGUUAUCCAUCAGCUCAUCACCAUCAUCAUCAUCACCACCAUCCACCAACUCAAUCUCACCAAUCAGGCGAAGAGACGCAGUGCGGACCUGAGGAAGCAACCGCGGCAUCUACCACCGCGGCAAAUCCAACAUCACUUCAGAGGAUGACGAUGGACGGAAUUGAAGUGGUUGGCACGCAGCAUCAUGCAGCAGCCAGUCCAUUCUUGCUUUCUUCACCGCCACCAGGUCAUCAUCAUGGUCACCAUCCGCACUCAUACAACAUUCAAACCGUUCAACUAAGUUUUGAUGCUUGUUUGGCGUACAAUACUGCAACCUCGACCUCCGGAAUCACCACAGGACGAGGGCCGUCCUCGCCACCAACCGUGACCUCCAUCAACUGUGGUAAAGCUGUGCCAUUGCUUACCCUUUCAAGCUGUCCACCUUUACAUCCCGCAAGUUCUAAUUCUCCAGACCAUCUUCAACGUCACCGUCAUCAUCAUCACCACCAUCAUCACAGUCAAGACAGUCAGCAACAUCAUCACAGUAUCGACACUCCAGUUUCUCCAGACAAUUCAUCCGACAAGAGAAAUCAACAACUCAAUGGUGAUAGUGAAGAUGUUUGUACUGGAAACUGUCAAAACGAGAUAAGAGAUGCUGCGGAGAAGGACAAACCAGGGGAUCUUAAUACUCCAGUGACAACUAGCAGUGAUCUACCGUCAUUUUUUGGACCUUCAGCUGUAGUAGAGCCGCCACCGAUCUCAGGUAGUCUGGCGGGUGAAGAAAUAUCGCUUGAAGAGGCGACUGUAGAUGAUGAUGAAACAGUAGGCUCUACUAGUAGAGAUCAUCAUCAUCACCAUCACCACCACCAUCACCAAGAUAAUCCUGAUUCAUCAGCAGCAGGCUCCCACUCAUCAUCAAGUCCUCAACGUCAUCACCAAUCUCAGGAAGAAGUUGAACGUUGUAAUGUUCUUCAAGGUGGUGUCAUACUCUAUUCGUCUCCUCACUCAUCGUCUUCCGUUUCAUCGGCACCUGUUACAAGUGUCAAUAUCUGUAACGUUCCAACAUUAACAUACCGAGGGGUUUUCACAACUACUUGUACUCAAUCUGCCACUCUUAAUACCCUUCAAACGCCACAACAACAACAACAACAACAGCAGCAGCAACAGCAAGCACAACAACAGCAACAGCAACAACAAGCGAACCAAGAAAUUUGGAAUUCAAUUCCUUCUCCAACUCUCACUUUAACAAGUCAACCAUUCCUUCACCCAUCUCUCCACUCGGCAUCUUACGGUGGAGAGACCGUUGAACUUCUCCAAGUCGAAUCAAAACCUCCACCCCCUCCUGGAUACCAUGACACACCAUCAUCCACCCCAACAACUUGGCUAACCAGUCAUGAAGACAGUUAUGAUCCUGGAUUACUGUCUCAUCACCACCCCCACCAUCAUCAUCAAGAGCCAACGCUCAAGCAAGAACCGGUCACCAAUUCAGGCUAUAAUCCAGCAGUUCAACAUCAACAAUCUCAGCCGCAACAACAGCAACCACAGCAAUCAACUGCAGGAACUCCUGGUGUCCAACUUGCUGAAUACAAUCCAAGUACCUCGAAAGGUCACGAAAUACUCUCUCAGGUCUACCAACAGAGUGCAUUACCACUUCGACUGGUUCCUGUUAAGCCACGAAAGUAUCCUAAUAGACCCAGUAAAACACCGGUUCAUGAGAGACCAUACGCUUGUCCAGUUGAUGGCUGUGAUCGUCGAUUCUCUCGUAGCGAUGAACUCACUCGACACAUUCGCAUUCACACCGGUCAGAAGCCAUUUCAGUGUCGCAUCUGCAUGCGCUCCUUUUCCAGGAGCGACCAUCUCACCACCCACGUUCGCACCCACACUGGUGAGAAACCGUUUUGUUGCGACCAGUGCGGAAGAAAGUUCGCGAGGAGCGAUGAGAAAAAGAGACAUGCUAAAGUUCACUUAAAACAAAGGCUCAAGCGUGAAGCAAGUCAUUCUAAUUCAAGAAAUCAUCCUCAAACACACGCUUCUUCACCUUGUAAUCAAUAAGUUCUAUUUAAGUCCAUAUAAAAACUAUUUUGAAAUGAGAACUAGAUGUAAAGAAGAAAUUUAUCAAUUAUUCCAGACAUUCUUUCAUAGCAUUGGGUAACAAAAAAAAUUGAUUUUUUUUUUACUCAGAACUUAGAUUAUAUAUUCCAUGAUCUUUUUAAACUUAGAGAAAUUUAAUUUUUACC